CCCCAAAAAAAGACAACUUCAACUUUUUGAGACGUGUUACUUUUCGGCGAGAAGCGAAAUACUUCCAAAAUCGCGUAAAGAGGUUUAAAGCGCUGAUGAUAUUGGCGUGACUGUGGUAUAAUGUUUCCAAGUGUCUUCUUAAUUAACCUAGUUAGUCGGGACUCAUACUGUUCGCUGCCAGACCUUUCAGACAUCUCUUCUCAUCUCCCACCUCGUUCACUACGAACCAAAAAAACAAGAAAAGCUUCGUCACCUUUUCUGGACUUGGUUUUUGGUUGGUUACGGACACUUGUUUUGUUUGUCUCGGAAUCAUCGACUGUUUUUCUUUUUGUCAUUUUUGUCAAAUAUCUCUGCAUUGUACACCUAUAUUCUGUCUGAAUGAACAUCUAACGUGAAACCCCUGGUUUGACGCGUCUGCGCCCCCCGGGGAGGCGCGCCACACUUUGAGAAACGAUAUCCUAGAGAUACUAACUAAGCUAGCUAACUAGCUAGGCGAAGACGCGUUGAACAGAACGAAACAUUAGCCAGUAGUUACAAGAUAUAGACGGAUUAGUGAAAAUUAAUUAAACUAAAUGAAUGAGCUGUCUCGUUAAUUAUUCUUUCGGUCAUGUUUUGGAGGUCCCCAUUUUGGCAGACGGAUGACUAGGAGUCGAGAACUGCAGCAUGAUUGACAUUAGCUGUUAACAUAGUGGGCUAGGGUGCUGACAUGGAUACAAGGCUGACAUUCUGUUUUAGUGCUUCAGUUUGACUGAAAGCCAGAAUCUGCUAUUGUGAAGAUAAGAGUUACGGGCAACAAACUGAUCAACAUGAAAGCUCUCGGUCCCCGGUCCUCGUUUUAUGUAGGUUUUUUGGUCGGCACAUGCAGCCUGUACGUGUUCCUACAUCAGGUAUGGUUUGCCAGAAACCUCUCUCCCCAGAAGAACACAGAGGAGAUUAAAGAGAACGAGGAAGAAGAUAAGAAUUGGAAAAAAGAAAGAUCAGCUCUCUUCAACCUCAAUCAUCCACACCUCACAGAUGAAGACAGUACAGUGGCAGACGCCCUCUACGAGCAGGUGCGCAUUCUUUGUUGGGUCAUGACCGGUCCUGACAACCUGCAGAAAAAAGCCCGGCAUGUGAAGGCUACCUGGAGCCGGCACUGCAACAUAGUUGUAUUCAUGAGCUCUGUCGAUGACCCUGACUUCCCAGCGGUGGGCCUCAACACAAAGGAGGGUCGUGACCAACUGUACUGGAAGACCAUUCGUGCCUUCCACUACGCCCUGCAGAAACAUGGCGAGGAGGCAGACUGGUUCCUCAAGGCCGACGAUGACACAUACGUGGUGGUGGACAACCUGCGGUGGAUGCUGGCCAACCACUCGCCAGAUGAGCCUGUGUACUUUGGCCGGCGCUUCAAGCCCUACACCAAGCAGGGCUACAUGAGUGGCGGGGCAGGCUAUGUACUUAGCAGGGAGGCUCUGAAGAGGUUUGUGGAAGGGUUCCGCACCAAAGCGUGCACACACACAACAUCGGUGGAGGACCUGGCUAUGGGCCAAUGCAUGGAGAAGAUGGGCGUGCUGGCAGGGGACUCCAGGGACACGCUGCACAGAGAGACUUUCCAUCCUUUUGUACCAGAGCAACACCUCACUGGCAAGUUCCCCAAGAGCUUCUGGUACUGGAACUAUUGCUACUACCCCAUUGUUGAGGGCCCACAGUGUUGCUCAGAUCUGGCUGUCUCUUUCCACUAUGUGGAUUCUUCGAUGAUGUACCUGUUGGAGUACUACACGUAUCACCUGCGUGCCUUUGGCUACCGCUACCGCUACCAAGCCCCUGAACCUACUGCCCUUCAGGAUGCCCUCAGGAAGACAGCAGAGAGGGGGGCAAAGCAUUUACAUGAGGACUUGAAGCAGGAAGCAGGACUUCAGGAAGUAAGAAAUAAAGCUCCUCCCCCUGACGAGAAGAAGCUAUAGCAGCCUUGUUCUUGGGGUGUUUUCAAACAGUGGGACACCUGGAAUUUUGAUAUGAUGGAUCUCUUUGAAAUGGACCAGAGUGUUAUUUUGUGUGCAGGGUUUUUAUGCACUUGUUUUGAAUAUCUGCUCCCGAAUUACAUAGCAAAGGUGUGUGGGUGUGUGUAUGUAUGCAUUUGAGCAUUUGUAAAAGAUUCUUCAUUAUAUGGUGAUGGAAGGUGUUUUACUGUGUGCUGUUUGUAUAUGAUAGUGUUGAAAUGAUUGCACAGUCUUGUGAAUGAAGGCUUAAAUAUUUACAGUGCCUCACUGUGUGUGUGCAUAAGCGUGCAUGCAUGUCUACACUUUUGCACGUAUGGAGUGGUUCAGGGUGUAAUUAGGCUCAUCUCUGAUGCCUUAACAAUGUAUUCAUCUGUGUCACUUGUGACCAGAAUGUUUAUAUAUGCCUAGACAAAACAGCAAUCGGCUUUCAGUUCCUGUGGCAUCUGCUCAGUAGGUGGAAGUCGUUGCUGCUUUUGAAAUUGGGAAAUUUAUGUCAAACCUGUUGAUCAAGAACUUUGUCAAUGUGUACACUGAGCUGCAGUGGCCAUAAGUCAGUUUUACAGAUCAGUUUGUACCUGUCAUGUAUAUACAGGCACAUCCUACCAUGAGAGAUGUCAGUGUUCAUUGUCAUCUGCCAGCGUGAGUCUGAUUGGCUGUAAGGAAUAAUAGUAACACAACUACCCUUCACUACUGCCAGCAUGGCUAGGAAUAUUAAUACACCUACUCCCUCCGUGUGUGUGCAUAUUAAACUUGGACUGAGUAUAAGAGACAUACUAUUGCGUUCCUAAAGUCUUUCCUAGUUAUUUUCAGUAGCCACUUUAAUUACAGCUGAAUAUCAUGGAGGGAUGCUUAAGCCUUCUGUGGGAGGUUGUGUUAUUGACCUCUCUUAUAUGCCAGUAUGACUGACUUGUGCUGCCCACUGUGUUAUGGUCAUAGCACUGUUCACAACCCGAUGUAAAGUCAUGGUCAUGUUCUGUCUACUGCUUUUUGAUGCAUUUUCCUCUGUCCUUGCCCUACACAUUAGCUAAGCAAAGGCAUGUAGGGCAAACUGCAGGAGACAGUGGGCUGUAGUGAUCUGGAGCCUGCAGAACCUGUUCUCCCAGCUAGUCUUCAACUAUCCACUCCUCUGAGUUCAGUACAUGAGAUUUACUGGUGUAAUAGUGCAAGAGGUUCAGUUGUGGCCUUUGAAAUAGAGGCUGCUCUUUCCUUUUGUUUUCUUUAUUCUUUGUAAAAAAAAA